AAAUUCAAUGCACAUCGUCACAUCAACAAUGGGCACAAGACUGACCACAAGUACAGUUUCUAAAUUAAGCAACUGACACAUGUGGAGAGCUAUAUUGUCACAAGUGAUACAAUUAGGUAAUUACACUGGUUAGUCACUAGCCAAUAGCCGUGGGAGAUGGACGUGCUCUUCUUUCUCUCCGGGCAUUAUGUUAUAUUGUUUAUUAUCUUAAUGUUAUAUGCAAAGGAUUAUUAUAUUAUAUAGAAUUAUAUUAUUUUAUAUUAUAUUACGAGUCCCGUGUUGCAGUGGUUGCUGCAGUCGUCUCACAACCGACGUGACCCGAUGAUGAUGAUGAUUUCAUUUAUAAAUUAUACAUAAUUACAUGUUGCAGUAGUUAAUUAUAGCAGGUACAUAAAUUAUAUAUUAUAUAAAACCAUUAUAAUACGGCGACCGUUUAGAACAUGACAAAAUAAUUUAAUUAACUUAUUUUAGCAGUCCAAAUGAGGGUGCAUCACAGAUUUGUCACGAGUAUUGGAAGAAUAUUCUUGAGCUGUACCCAGAUUUUGCCAGUGGAGGCUAAUAAUCUCUCCUGAUUCCGUCAAUGAUUAAUUAACCAUCCUGAGAUGGGGGAUAUUAGAUGAACUUAUAGCUAGUUUUUUAUCUACACUUUUUAAUCUUUCAUGUGGAAUAGGGUGUAUAUGAUUUAUACGCAUAUGAUCUAUAUAUAUAUAUAUAUGAUUUGUACAUACGUAUAUAUACCUAUAUGAUCUAUACACUUGUGAAUAGAAAAUUAAAAAACGAACCAAGUUUGUUAUUCGUUACCAUGGCAACAUGAAAUAAACAAAGCGACGUAGCAAAAUAGAUCAAAAUAUCUCCGUGUUACUUAGUGGAUAAAUAAUUAUUCAAACAAGUUCAUUUCUUUAUAGAAUGUUGCAAACAAUUUAAUAAAUCUUUAUUAAAGAGUUUCUACUUUAUUAAAAUAUUAACAUAUUGGGAGAUUGUCGAAGAAAGGUUACAAUCGUCUCUCAUGAUUUCAUACGUUUUCAUAAGCCGGAUAUAUCUACAGUAUAUGUGUGUGUGUGUGUACUUUGUGUUGCAUCUGCUGUUAGCUGAUCUUUUAAAUGUUUCACGCAUGGUGGACGCAGCUGACUGACGAGUGCCAUGGCAAGUUCAAGCAGCGAUGACUUUUUUGAAGACGAUGGAAGUGAGAGUGCGGCUGAGAAAGGCAGAGAAAAGGGCAUUAGCUCCCCUAUGGAGGAGCCUGGGGAUGACGGAGGAAGAGUCUCCAACAUCGAAGACAAAACCAAUUCCAACGACACGGAAGAAUAUUCCUUCGAGGCUUGCCAGGAGAGCGGCAGUAGUGACGGUGAGAGUAGAGGGAGCAGCGUAAGCAGCCAGGAAGAUGCUGAGGAGGAUGCACGAGAUGAAGAAGUUGCAGGAGAGGCUGACAGUUGUGCUAGUGACAAGACCGAGAGUAACGGCGAGAGUGAGGAGCUGCAUACGUUGUUUGAUGGAUCAAGGAACACCUUCCCGGGACCCGCUAGGCCUGCAGUAGCAGCAGUUUCUUCUCGACCCCGUCCAACCUCAGCUAAGAGUCCCAUGAGAGUGUUAAUUAACUCUCCUUCCUCGACACUUCAGCCUGAAACAACAGAUGUCAAUGAGGCUAUGGUUCCUAGGAAGCCCCCUGGCCAAGGGUCAGGAGUGAAUAGGAAGCUGUCUGGCCUGGUGCCUGGUCUGGGUACCCCACCACUGUUGGUGAGCAAGAGUUCCAUGCAUGACCGACCCGCCACUGCCCAUGGGUCCAGGGAAGCCUCGCCUCAACCAGCUCGCAUCAGUAGGAAUCCAGUGCUCACAGCUAACAACAUGGGAAUUAACCAAGUCCUAACCAGCAAGGAAAAAUCCUCCAAAAUUGGUGGGAUGCGUCCCUCCAGUGUUGGCAGUGUUUGGUCUGGUCCCCGUCGCCCACCGCCCACACACGCCACGACUGUUGACAUGCCUAGACAGAAACCUCUCGGGAACUACUCUCGUAGCCUUAAGAUGCUUGGUGUGAAGGUCCCGUCUCCUCCUCCUAAAGACCUCAGAACUGCGCAGCGGUCCUCAUCAUCACAGUCGUGGCAGAGCAGCGGGAAGCUCCAUACCCGGGUCACCCGUCGGACCACAUCCCUGGAGGAUGUGACCCGCGUCAUCCCUCAGGUCAAGACCCCGCAGGCCCUCCACAUGCUCACAGUGGGUACGUCAGGGCUCACAGUGGGUACGUCAGGGCACACAGAGGAUGAGGGCCAGCGAGCCACGCUGAGCCAGGCCGUGUAUGAGGAGUGGUGUAUCAGGCGCUCGAGACAACUGCGUUCAAGACAACUCAGAGCCGAGGAGAAGAGUCAGGAAGAGGAGACGAGGAAACAAAAGAUUAAAAAGGAUCUACAGUUGAAGGUGAGUCAAGCUGUCACGGAAUGGGAGGAAAAGAAGAGACAACAAAAGAAAAAGGCGAGAGAAAUGAUCCUGGAAGAAGAACGGAAGAAGAAUAGGAAGGAAAAAGUGAAGGACGAAAAACAAAUGAAAAUAACAGCUGCAGUCAUAGCAUGGGAGACGGAGAAAAAUGAACUAGCAAAAAUGAGGAGAGAGAAGAAGAGACAAGAGAGAGAAACCAAGAAAGAGGAAGAGAGAAAGAGGUGUUUAAAGAAGGAAGAAUCAGAAAUGAUGUUCCUCAUGUGGAAACAGCAGAAGAAUGAAGAAGAGAAAGAGAAGCGGAAGAAGAAGAAGCAAGAGGAAGAGGAGCUGAAGAGCAAGGAAGAGCAAGAGGAGCUGGAGAAGAGGCAGGGGGCCAACUUAGCCUUUGCGGCCUGGAAAAGAAGCAAGUUGCUGGAAGCUGACGAGAAUAUGAGAAAAGUCAUAGUCACAUCCGAAAUAGAGAAGUCCUCGGCAGCCAGGAGGAGCGGAGAACGCUCGACGGAGGCGCUGAAGGCAUAUGAGGAGUGGCUGGGCCAGGUAGAGGAACGUGAACCGCUCCGAGACUAUGAGAAUGCUAGGGCCGCCAUCUUGGCUCAGCUGCGACCACCUUGGUGUCCAGGUGGCUCCUCCAGCUCUCUACUGAAGUGCUGAUGGAGGCUUGGAGAGGGUACAGUAUGAGAGAGAGAGAGAGAGAGAAUGUUAACCCUUCUAUGACUAUCAUUAAUAUAUAAAGACUAAUAUAAGCACAUUAUAUUAAGAUAGGUGUUUAUCUUAUGGGGGUCCAUCAACCUCAAGAAGGUUAUUAAGGCCGUGAUACUAGCUUAAUAGCCAGCUUACAAGUACAUAUUCUUUAUCUUUGAACAUACAGUUGAUUGGAACUCAAGCAAACACUCUGUGUAUGUACAUCAAGAAGCAGGACCUCUCUCUUUGUGUAUAUACCCAACCAAAUAUUUUAAACAGUUGAAUGAAUAUCCUGAAAAUUACGUUAUUAUAUCACUUCAGUCUUUGGGAAACUAUCAUGUUAUUUUUAAAGCAUAUCUUGAUCUCUUGCUGUAUCGGAUACGUUUCCAAAAGUUAAAAUCUAAUAGCUUAAAUGGGGUCGCCAUGAUACAUGGGUCGCCAUGAUACACGGGUCGCCAUGAUACAUGGGUCGCCAUGAUACACGGGUCGCCAUGAUAUAUGGGUCGCCAUGAUACACAGGUUGCCAUGAUACAUGGAUUGCCAUUAUACACGGGUCACCAUGAUACACGGGUCAUCACGAUACACGGGUCGCCAUAAUACAUGGGGCACCAUGAUACACGGGUCACCACGAUACACGGGUUGCCAUGAUACACGGGUCACCAUGAUACACGGGUCGCCAUGAUACAUGGGUCGCCAUGAUACACGGGUUGCCAUGAUACACGGGUCGCCAUGAUACAUGGGUCGCCAUAAUACAUGAGGGUCACCAUAAACCAGAGUGUGGAACACACAAGGAUGUCUAACUGGCAAGUCUCACUGCUUCUGCUUCAGUGUGAAAUUGAGACUAUUUGGAGGUCCAUUAUUUAUAUUUUUUGAACGUUACGAUUUUUGGAAUUAUAUUUUUUGAAAAAAUAUAUUGUGAAUUUUAUUAUUUAUAAUGCUGACUUUUUGUGGUUUAUCUCCUUCCUGGACAAUGCUUCCUGCCUGCCGCGGGUUCUUAAUUCUGGCAGACUAAUGACCGCUGACUAAAGCUGGCUGACUAAUGACUGCUGACUGAAGCUGGCUGACUAAUGACUGCUGACUGAAGCUGGUUGACUAAUGACUGCUGACUGAAGCUGGUUGACUAAUGACCACUGACUGAAGCUGGCUGACUAAUGACUGCUGACUAAAGCUGGCUGACUAAUGACUGCUGACUGAAGCUGGUUGACUAAUGACUGCUAACUGAAGCUGGCUGACUAAUGACCGCAGACUAAAGCUGGCUAACUAAAGUUGGCUGGCUAUUGCUGGUUGACUAAAACUAGCAAACUAAUGAUGGUAACUAAUAUGUGUUUUGGUUUGAUUCUAUGUAUUUUUUUGUUUGGUUCUAUGUAUUUCGGUUUAAUUCUAUGUAUUUUGGUUUGGUUGUGUGUGUUUUGUUCGGUGUUGAGCUGAAGGCUUAACAACAACUGGUUGUUAAGGCCGUGAGACUAGCUUACAGACCAUCCAGCUAGUAUACUUUAACUCUGAACAUUGUCCAGUAUUAAAGUAAACUCUGUGUAUAUGCACCGUGAAAUGGGGUACACCUCUCUGUAUAUAUAUCCCUUGCUGUAAGUAUUUUUAAUUAAUUUAUAAUCAUACAUAUAGUACAAACUUUUUUACUUAGGUGUAAAUAAAUGCAUAACAUUUACAGCUAAUUAUUGCUGAGGAGAGAAAAGGUCAUUGUAUAUAAAUAAAAUAUAUUAAUGUA